AUGUAUAAAUAAAAUGGAUAAGCUCUCAAGAAUAACAUUAGUGAAUUAAAAAAAGUAAAAUAGAAUAAAGUAACUACAUUCACAAGUAACUCUCCAAGAUAAAAUUAUGAAUUUAUGCUUGCGAGUCCAGUAGCAUAAAUGUAGUAAAUAAAUGUUUAAUUAGAAGAAUCGGCGGAAUUAAAUUCAAAAUUAUUCUAAAACUUUGCAUAAAUUAGCUAAAAUCAAGAAUUUUAAUCUUUUAGUAAGAUUUAAACUUAGAAAUCAGCUGAGAAAUAGUCAAUUUUAAAUUAGAAUGACAAAUUUAAUUUUAGCUAAUUUGAAGAAGCAAAUCUUGAAAAUGUUCAGACAAGCAUGGAUGCUGGAUAAGACAAUUUAACUUCUUAGAUUUAAAAAUACAUAACUGAUAUUGCUCCACUAUCUAGUAAGCGCGGCUUAAUUUAAACAAUAACAUCUCCAUUAACAAAAAAAACAUAAAUACAAAAAAUCAAUGAAAAGAAAGUUAAAGACUAAAAAUAUUCAAAUAAAAGUUUUUAAACAUAAGAGGUAAAUAAAUUAUAAUAAUAGAAUAUUGAUAUUUAAUCUAUAUCUUCUUCCUCAAACAGUGUAUAAACGCGAUAAGUUUUUGAAAAUAUACACAAAAAAAAUCAGAUGAGAUAUCUUAAAAUAAUAAAUGCUUUCGGAAUAUUAUCAGCUUUAGCUAUUCUUUCUUUGAUAUUGUUAGCAUUUUUUAACUUUCUUACAAGCUUAGUUUCUCAAAGAGAAAACUUCAAAUACAUUAACUGGAUUUAUAUGAUUAACGUACAAAUUAGUUAUUCCCUUUCAGAGCAUAAUAUUAUUCUGCUAAACUAAUACAAUCUUUUAUCUACACCAACUGCUCAAUACCAACCUUUCAUGGAUCUCUUAAAUGAAUAAAAUUAAUCUAGGAUAUCUCUGACAAUACUAUAUCCUAAUAGUAAAAUCUUUCAAUGA